AUGAAAAGCGAGAUUGGCGCAGAUGAAAAGAUUGCAAUUGUGGAUCCGGCGAUAGAAUGCAAUAGACUCAAUUGUUUGCUAGAUUUAGCACAACGGCAUGCUGAUGCUUCUAUGAAAUCAUCUCGUCAUGGGAUUGCUCUGAAUAUACAUAAUCCCUUAACUUUAUUCAAAGGAGAUUUUAAUCCACAUCGGGAAACAGCAUUUAUUGUACACGGUUUCAAUGGUACCGCAGUUGAUGUGCAUUUGCAGUUUCUAAAAGAUGCAUAUUUAUCUCGUGACUUUAAUGUUAUCACUGUAGAUUGGCGGCCAUUAACACGCUAUCCAUGCUACUUACAUGCUUUGAUUAACACCCGCUUGACGGCCCAAUGUACUGCGCAGGUUUAUUCUUUCCUCACGCAUCAUGGGGCAGCUCGUGAAAAAAUCACGUGCAUUGGGCAUUCCCUUGGUGCCCACAUUUGCGGUAUGAUUUCCAACCAUUUAUCGAUAAAACAGCAUCGUAUUAUCGGUCUUGAUCCCGCACGACCACUCAUCGAACGUAAAAAAAAUCACAUCUUCAGAUUAUCCAUAGAUGAUGCAAGUGUUAUACAGGUGAUUCACACCAAUGCAGGUUUCUUGGGCCAGGAAGAGAAUAUAGGUCAUCUGAACUAUUGCAUUAAUGGUGGCAGAUUUCAACCAUUUUGCAAGGGAAAUCCUAUAAGACGGUCCCGUUGUUCGCAUUUUUUAAGUAUUUGCUUCCUCGCCAGUGCUAUGUUCAAACAUAAAAAAUUUGUUGGCGUUUCCUGCCCAAAUGGCUGUAAAGAAGGGUCUCAACAUAUUCCGGUUAGUGCGAAAAAUCCUUUUGGAGUUGUUACACAAACGAAAGAAUAUAAUAUUGGCAAUGAUGCCCCUGACGACGCGAGAGGUUGCUACUGCAUCGACAUGCCGUUUGUAAAACAUUGCCCAUUCAAUGACUAGGAUUCGAUACAAUCAUCGAUGUGUGCAUGUAUAUAAUAUUAUACUUAUUUAAGAUAAUUGUACGAAAUUAAGACUUUAAUAACGUUAUUUAUUUAAUAAUUUACGUUAAUUACUGUAAAAUAAGGAUAGUAAUUUUGCAGGAAUGUGGCUAUAAGAAAUACAUAAAUAUAACCAAUUCUAAGUACAAAAGGAAUUUCCAUAUAACAAUUGUAAAUGAUUGAUUUUAACCAAAAUUCUUUUAUUAAUAUUAUAUUACAGCUUUUAUCUAUUUACU